AUGUUGGCGUUUCGCAAUGGACUAAUUUUUGCUCGUCGGAUAUCUGCCAAACAGUUGGUAUAUUCGGAAUAUGGAGAUCCAGCUAAGGUAAUAAAGUUACAAACAAUCGAUCUACCUGAUAAACCUCCGGCUGGGCACGUCCAUGUGAAAUGGAUUGCAUCACCAAUAAAUCCAGCUGAUUUGAACACGCUUCAAGGUGUUUACCCGAUUAAACCACCUCUUCCAGCAGUCGCCGGUAACGAAGGCUUUGGUCGUGUUGAACAGGUCGGAGAAGGUGUCAAAGCUGUACGAGUUGGUGACCAUGUGUUACCCGCAAAAUCUGGCCAAGGGAUUUGGAGAAGCGAUGGUCAUCACAAGGAAACGGAUCUGUUCCCGAUAGACAAUGAAUUACCAUUUGAAGCGAGUGCCACUCUACAGGUUAACCCACCAACUGCCUAUCGAAUGCUGAAAGAUUUCGUAGACUUGAAGCCCGGUGACACCGUUAUUCAGAACGGUGCAAACUCUGCAGUGGGAAAAGCUGUGAUUCAGAUAUGCCGUUUACGUGGUCUUAAUUCUGUGAAUAUUGUUCGCAAACGGGAAAAUCUUUCCGAUUUAGUCAAAGAAUUGAAAGCACUGGGAGCUAACGAAGUAAUAACUGAUGAGCAACUAGCCAAGGAGUACCGCGGGAAGGUCAAAGAUGUACGUUUGGCGCUGAAUUGUGUUGGUGGAAAAUCUACUCUACUUCUUGCUGCUACGCUUGGAAAUCAGGGAUGCAUGGUCACUUACGGUGGAAUGAGUAAAAUGCCGUUACAGGCAAGGUUUUCCCCGAGUUUUCAUGUUGCAUCAUUUCAGAUUCCAACAGGCCCACUCAUUUUCAAAGAUAUCCGUUUGACAGGGUUCUGGAUGUCACGGUGGUAUGAACAACCUGGCAACAUAGAGGAGCGAAAGAAAAUGUAUGCUGAACUGGGAGGAUGGAUGAAAUCUGGGGAGUUCCGUACGCCUUCAUUCGAAAUGCGACAACUCAAAGACCAUGCCGAGGCUCUUGAAGCGGCUGCUGUACAGUUCGACAAGAAGCAGUUAUUCCUUCUUUGA